AUGGUCUUACCAAGAUUAUAUAACUCUGCUUCAAAAGCUGCUUUCAAAGCUGCUAAAUCUCAAUUGAUUUUCAACAGAGGUUUAGCUACUGCUCCAGCUUCAGCUGCUGUUAUCGGUGCUAUUGUCGAUGUUCAAUUCGAUCAAGGUAACUUACCAGCUAUCUUAAAUGCUUUAGAAAUUAAAAACCCAAAUGGUGCUCCAUUAGUUUUAGAAGUUGCUCAACAUUUAGGUGAAAACACUGUUAGAACUAUUGCUAUGGAUGGUACUGAAGGUUUAGUUCGUGGUGAAGCUGUUUCUGAUACCGGUUCUCCAAUCACUGUCCCAGUUGGUCGUGAAACUUUAGGUCGUAUCAUUAACGUUGUUGGUGAACCAAUUGAUGAACGUGGUCCAAUUAACACUAAACAAAGAAACCCAAUUCAUGCUGAACCACCAACUUUCGAUGAACAAUCAACUGCUGCUGAAGUUUUAGAAACUGGUAUUAAAGUUGUCGAUUUAUUAGCUCCUUAUGCUAGAGGUGGUAAAAUUGGUUUAUUCGGUGGUGCUGGUGUUGGUAAAACCGUUUUCAUUCAAGAAUUGAUUAAUAACAUUGCUAAAGCUCAUGGUGGUUUCUCUGUUUUCACCGGUGUUGGUGAACGUACCAGAGAAGGUAAUGAUUUAUACCGUGAAAUGAAAGAAACUGGUGUUAUUAAUUUAGAAGGUGAUUCUAAAGUCGCUUUAGUUUUCGGUCAAAUGAAUGAACCACCAGGUGCUAGAGCUCGUGUUGCUUUAACUGGUUUAACCAUUGCUGAAUAUUUCAGAGAUGAAGAAGGUCAAGAUGUCUUGUUAUUCGUUGAUAAUAUUUUCAGAUUUACUCAAGCUGGUUCAGAAGUUUCAGCUUUAUUAGGUCGUAUUCCAUCAGCUGUCGGUUAUCAACCAACUUUAGCCACUGAUAUGGGUCUUUUACAAGAACGUAUUACUACUACUCAAAAAGGUUCAGUUACUUCUGUCCAAGCUGUUUAUGUCCCAGCGGAUGAUUUAACAGAUCCUGCUCCAGCUACUACUUUUGCCCAUUUAGAUGCUACUACUGUCUUAUCUCGUGGUAUUUCAGAAUUAGGUAUUUAUCCAGCUGUCGAUCCUUUAGAUUCUAAAUCAAGAUUAUUAGAUGCUUCAGUUGUUGGUCAAGAACAUUAUGAUGUUGCUACUAAUGUUCAACAAACUUUACAAGCUUAUAAAUCUUUACAAGAUAUUAUUGCUAUUUUAGGUAUGGAUGAAUUAUCUGAACAAGAUAAAUUAACUGUUGAAAGAGCAAGAAAAAUCCAAAGAUUCUUAUCACAACCAUUUGCUGUUGCUGAAGUUUUCACAGGUAUUCCAGGUAGAUUAGUUAGAUUAAAAGAUACCAUUACUUCAUUCAAAGAUGUCUUAGAAGGUAAAUAUGAUCAUUUACCAGAAAAUGCAUUCUAUAUGGUUGGUGGUAUUGAAGAUGUUGUUGCUAAAGCUGAAAAAUUAGCUGCUGAAGCUAAAUAG